AUGGGGUCCAAGCUUGACGGCAACGAUGAAAACGCAGGCACGGCGGUCCAGGUUGAAUCCUCCUCAAUUUGUUCGACAAAAGAGACGUUGCCGCCACAGCCAGCGGCCCCUCACAAGAUCUCCCUGUCGACAUAUCUCGCAAUAAUAUCAUUCUGGUUUCAUUAUGCAGCGGCCAACGUGGCCAUUGUCAUGAUCUCGGCCGUCAUUGCAAAUAUAAAUCAAGAUAUAGGCCCAAGCCCCGUCUACACAUGGCUUGCGUCAAGUCUGGCUCUGGCCUCGAGCAUCAGCGUAGGAGUUGCUGGGACUGUGACUGACCUCACCGGACGACGAGGAUAUUCGAUCCUAUUCGGACUCGUUGGGAUUGUGGGAUGCAUCGUGGCUGUCACGUCCAAGAAUAUCAGCCAGUUGAUCGGCGCCAACGUUCUCGUCGGUCUCUACAUCGGCUCCAGCGAGAACAGUCUAUCAGCCGUUUCGGAAUUGGUGACGCACAACCAACGCGGUGCUGUCAUGGCUUGUUUCAAUGCUGGGAUCGGCGUCUUUACCGUCUUUGGUUCCUUGAUAGCUCAUGCCAUGGUGAGGAAUGGGUCCUGGAGAAGCAUUUAUUACCUUGUCAUCGCCCUGGACGUGGCCGGCACCGUCGCCCUCUUCUUUCUAUAUCAUCCACAAGCUCCCUUGGCCGGGUUCAGCUCGUAUCGAUCACUGGUCAGAGGCUUCGAUUGGUUUGGCCUCCUUGGACUGAUGACGGGCCCUACACUCCUACUACUGGCCAUCACAUGGCUGGGUGGAACAUACCCGAUAUCAGAUGUUCGCGUGUUGACGACGUUGAUCAUUGGCAUCGUCGCGAUUGCCCUGCUCGGAGUCUAUGAGGCCUUUGUGCCCGAAAAUCCCCUCCUCCAUCCUCAUCUUUUCCGCCGUAUCCGGACUUUUACUCUGAUUCUCAUCGUCACCAUCGUGGGAGGCAUGCUAUACUACUCGCUCUUGUCCUUCUUCCCCCUCUACCUGUCCCUGAUCUACGUCAACGACCCCUCGGACGACAUCAAGAUCGGGGUCUACAACAUCCCCUUGCAAGCGGGCAGCUUAUUUGGCGGGGUGACCACCUUCUGGGCUCUUCCCAAGCUGCGAAAACCCCGACCAAUGCUGAUCAUCGCGGUCUUUGUUCAGCUCCUCUUCAUCGCCCUCAUGGCUAUACCCAGAUCAUCUGUCUCUCUCUCGGUCCUCCUGAUCCAGUUUUCAGUCCCGGACAAAUACAUCGGUUUCGCAGGGGGCAUGCUGUCGCUGUUCCGGUUCGGCGGAGGCGCCGUCGGCACGGCCGUCUACUCGUCCAUCUUCUCGUCGAGGAGCGCCGACAAGGUCCCCGCCUACGUGGCCGCGGCGGCACUGCGAAGCGGCCUGCCGAGUUCGUCGGUCGAUCAGCUCUUGGGGGCCAUGUUGACCGCGACGGGGGGCCCCGUCACCGACGUCCCGGGAUACACGGCCGAGAUUGGCGUCGCGGUCAGCCACGCCGUCAAGUCUGCGUACGUCGCGUCGUUUAGAUACGUCUGGCUCUCGUCCAUCGCAUUCGGCGCCGUCUCUCUCAUCUGCACCAUCUUUGUCAAAGACCUCAGUCACCAGCUCAACGACACGGUCGCCAUCAAGCUGAAAAAGGAACAACAACAAGAACAACAAGAACAAGAACAAGAACCCGUCGCGGAAACGGAAACGGAAAUGGAAAGGAAAACGGUCGUGGGGAAAGAAGACGACGACGAGUUGGACACCAAGACGAAUUAG